GGAACCUGCCGCUGCUGCGAUGGGGGCUAUAGAGCAGCGGAUGAAUCGCCGUUAGGACUGCAUGUGUGACAUAUCGCAGAAGAAAAAGCACCGAGAAGAGAGAGGGGUCUGUUGAUAAGCUAUUUCUCCCAGAAUCAAAAAAGUGAUCCGUUUCUUCCAACAGACAGCCACAGAAGAGAAAGUUGACCUGGUUGCCUUUGGAUGUUGCGGUGCAUAUUGUACCAUGAAAUAAAUUUAAGUUGAUGGUACCUCCACGGCACAUUAUAGUUCAUUGGUUGAAAAGAAGAAGACUUUCGCCAAUGAAUACGUCGGAAUGACAGCGGAAUUGCCUCUUUGACCACGGGAACAUGCGCUGGGAUAGAUCAGUUCUUAAAAUUGCGCUUAAUAAUAUUCUUAUUUAUACGUUGCUUUAAUCUAACCGGCGAGUGUUAUGUAUCCUUUAUUUAUUUACAAACGUAUGCGACUGAAGAAUUUACUACCGAUGUGGCUCAUUCACUGUUAGUAAUGUAACUGUUAAUAAUGUCAUCCAUUCGUCUUUGAGCCCAAUGCAGUCUAUUAUUAGGAUGUUCGUUUUAUACGGGAUUAGAUUAUUCAGUAUAGAAUUACCAUUAUUUCUUAAAUAUACCCAUCGAACAUCCCUAAUGUGUGUAUAUGCGUUUACUGUAUGACCACAUCAAAAUAAACUUUUUUUUUUUCAAUUAAAUUCAAAUAGACAUACGUACUAUGUAGGCCUUUUAUUUGUGCUAAUUAAAAAAAAUAUUUAUGAUGUAAAUAUUUCUUGGCUAGUGAAUUCAUAGCUAAAUCAAGAAUUUAAAAUUGCAGCGUUGUAUGUUUAGUUUGCGCAAUUGCUAUAACUUCAACAAUUCGUUGACAGGAGGGCAUUGUUGCAUUCGGCUACCAUGCAAUAGCAAUAGGAUAGGCUAGUUAUUGUACAGUUAAGACGUUAUUUAGCGAAAAAAGUGACAGCUAUCGCUACAGAAGCGCAUCUUCUCAAGUAAGGCUAGCCAACUGAAAUUAGAUCGUGCAAGUACAGGCUACUUGUGCUGAUAGACUAUAAGCAAGCUUGUUGAUCACAAGCUGCUAUUAAGGACGAAGGACAAGAUAUUGAAUAGCACAUAAAUAUAAAAUGUAACGCCAAUAGGCAUAAUUGCUUCACGAUUAUGUUUAAGUUCCAAUGCUAAAGUUUCACUGUGGUGCAAGGUGCGUUUCAAGGACUGUUUUACAGUUUAAGAUCAUUACAGGCUACUGCAUGCAUACACGCCAGUCAGACGAAAAUACAGCAACUGAUGGAGGAAGCUAACAGAAACCGAAAAGAACGUUGCAUCAGAGCAAGCCCAACUUAAAAGUAUACUUGCUGAGUUGCGAACUGAUAAGUAGGCGACGGAAACAUGCGACUGUAAGCAAGUUUAAGCUGCGCGCUAUCGGGGAUACACUUUUUGUUAAUCUAUGGAUUACACAAUUGUUUGGAGGAUACAGAUGGCUACAUAUUUGAACCUGUAGUGGAGGCAUCUUCAGCCUCCGCGAUAACUACAGGCCAGUUGCCAAGAAGACUUUUUGUACGAACAGCUCUUUAGCGGAUGUAUUCACUGUGAAUUUAGCCUUUUGUAUUUCCAUGCGUCGCUCUCUUUCGGACACCUUGGCUUUCUGUCGGAUACUGCUCAUAGUUAAUGCGAUGGGCUGCAUCCAAAGUAUUAGGUGUAAGCCAAGGAGUUUCCGCGAAAGCAUCAUCGUUCUGGAAGUGAACUCCUCAAUCGACUCCAACCCCACCACCAUAGACGAGUCAUCCAACGUGGUUCUGCGAUACCGGACACCGCAUUUCCGGGCCUCGGCCCGCGUACUGGUUCCGCCUGUGGCCGGUAAAGAGACUUGGACCGUGGGCUGGAUCCAGGCGUGCAAUCACAUGGAGUUCUACAACAAUUAUGGUAAUAGAGGAAUGUCCAGCUGGGAGCUCCCGGACCUGCGAGAACACCACAUCCAGGCCAUCAGCGACUCGGACGGCGUGAACUACCCGUGGUACGGCAACACCACGGAGACCUGCACCGUGGUGGGGCCCACCAAGAAGGACACCAAGUUCACCGUCAGCAUGAACGACAACUUCUACCCCAGCGUGACCUGGGGCGUCCCGGUGAGCGACAGCAACCUGCCCCACCUCACCAGCAUCAGGCGGGACCAGAGCUUCACCACCUGGCUGGUGGCCCUCAACCAGGCCACCAACGAGACCAUGGUGCUGCAGACAGUGCGCUGGAGGAUGCAGCUGCACAUCGACAUCGACCCGGAACGGCCGCUGGGCCAGAGGGCCCGGCUGUCCGAGCCCAAGACCCAGGAGCAGCCCCAGAUCCUGGGCAAGAACGAGAUCAUCCCGGCCAACGCCAUGGUCAAGCCCAACGCCAACGACGCCCAGGUGCUCAUGUGGAGGCCAAAGGUCGGAGAGCCCGUGGUGGUCAUACCGCCCAAAUACUGACCCUCCUCCGAGGGGGGGUGGGAGUUACACCCCCUUUGCUUUUUUUGUUGAGCUGAGAAGAGCAAGGGUCAAAGGGCGUGAUGUUCUGACACGGGGAAGGAGGACGUCCUCCUUUACAAGAUGGCCGAGUUUGACUUUUCCGACUGGAAUCGAUCGACAAUUCGCAACCGUUCUACCUUUAAAAACUGGGUCGGGUAUCACUGUGCAAAAUCAUUGCAAAAAAAAAAAAACAAGAAACUGAAAAACGACAACGAAAAAAAGAUUUUUUUUGCUUGCUUUUUAGGGGGAACAUUGCAUUUGCACGUGUGUCUAUGUGUACAUUGGCUACGCAUAAGUGCACACACCUUUGUGGUCACACAAAGCCUUUAUUUAUGAGAGGGAUGGAGUGAUUUUUUGGUUUUGGAUGAGUUUUCAAGUAUUUUCAUCGAUAAUAUAAAAAUAAUUUGAAUGAACAAAAGCGGAGGGAAUCAACACCCUCUCUUAAUGCGCAAGACAUCGACCCAUGCUGUCUUAAGUUUACAUUGCUUCUCGCUGCAAAUGUUUUGUAGACGUUUUGCCUUAAACGAUGUGUACAGCAGUGCCGGGCCUCACACACAGCUAGAGGUUGCUGGUGCUGAUGUGUUUGUGUGUGUAUGUAGGGGGGGUGCGGGUGGGGUGUUGGGUUGGAUUCGAGGCAGUGGGAGAAGAAAUUGGUGCACUGGAAUACCCUCUUACCUCAAAAAGAUGAAAAGAAAAAUUGGCUAAAAUGUCCAGCAACAAAAUGGAGUGAAUAGAUUGAAGACCGGGGUUGUGGUGCUGGGGUAAUCAGUGUGUGCGCUGUUCAGUCACACACACCGGGGUUACCAGCAUUCACAAUGGCUUUCAGAGGGGAUUGUUUGGGGUGUGGGCAGAGCUGGGAUACACCCUCUCAAACAUUCACCAAUAAGCAGUGUCUCCAUCACCAGCUGUGAAAAAAGAAAAGAAAAAAAAAAAGUCUUCCAUUUUUGCUUGUUCUGAUUUUUGGGUACCUUUCACCCCUGUAGAUAAGCCUAACACACAGGUCUAAAGUGAAGGCCCUGCUUGGCUGGCUUGCUCUCAGCAGCUCUCAAUAGAGUAGGCCCUGAUUGGCUGUCUGGCUUCCAGCAGCUCUCUAUAGAGAGGGCCCUGAUUGGUUGGUUUAUUCUCAACAGCUCUCUAUAAAGGGCUCUGAUUGGCUGGCUCUCAAGCAGCUCUCUUUACAGAGAGGUCCCUGGCUGGGGUUUGCUGGAUCGAUGCAGUUAUUAAUACACAAUCGUAAACCGCACACAGAGAAUAGGACAGUGCGUUUAAUAACCGAGCGCGCUCUGUAGAGCCUGUGCGGGUAUAAAUCACCCUGCCUCAGCCUCCGGCCCGCUGACAGGUCAAAUAAAGGACGAGCAUCGGCCCAACGGACCUGCUGUGAGAGUGGACAGAGGCAGGCGGACAGACAGACAGACACAAACAGAUAGACAGACAGGCAGGCAGGCAGGAAGAUAGAAAGGAAACAGACACAAACAGAUAGACAGACAGGCAGGCAGGCAGGAAGAUAGAAAGGAAACGGACACAAACAGAUAGACAGACAGGCAGGCAGGCAGGAAGAUAGAAAGGCAAACAGACACAGAUAGACAAGGAAACAGACACAAACAGAUAGACAGAUGGACCGACAGGCAGGAAGACAGACACAAAGGCAAAGAGACAGACCGAAACAAGCAGGAACAGAGACAGGCAGGGAAACAAGCAGACAGACAAACUGACAGGUCGUAAUUUGCCUGUGCAUGUACCGCAUAUCACCUUCCGUGAUGCAUGGCCCUCUCUAAUUGUAAUCUCGAGGGCCAGAUAAACGACAGCCAAACAAUCGCCUCACGAAGCCUCAAGCGGUUAUUCCCCAACAACAUCGACAUUAGCUUCAGCAGCAGCACCGGCAGGGGAAGAGAUCGGGUUAGUUUGGGCCCGAAGGCACUUCAUCUGAACCAGGGAUCCACAGGCACUGCCGGAUCAAGCUCCGAUCGCUUGACGAUCCCGUUUUUUCGCCUGCUGACAGCGUAACUGUUGUGUUAUAACAACGCGAGACCAACACAGCGCCCAGCGCUCCUUUAUCUCCUACUGUCACCCAGGAAAGGAGCAUCACCAAAAGCCAUAGUGAUUUAAGUCCUUCAUUCUUCAUAAGAGACAUUUUUGAGUGAGGCUUGUUUCACGCGAUUUACUCACAAAAGAAGGUUAUGUGACAGUGACGUAAGGUUAGCGUCCUCUUUUUUUAAAAACACCUGCUUGUUUGGCAUUUGGUGUGUGGUGUUGUUACGAGCCUGUAUAGGACAUAACUGAAACACACACUGUUAAUUACGCUGAACAAGGGAGUUUGAGUGAAGGGUCCAUUUUAUCACUGUUCGUCGUGGGCUGUGGGAGAACAGCAUCGCCUGGCAACAAGGUAGCUGGGGUAAUUAAUGACCCAUUAUACAAACAGAUUGAGUAUCAUACAGGAACUGUGUGAAGGUUUCUAUUCCUCAUUGUCAAGUUUAGUUGACCCUUUUUGCCCCCCAUGGCCUUCCGUCCAUGUUCCCUCUUCAGAGCCAAUCAGCAAUAAGCCUGCUCAGAGCACAAGGACAUUGUGUGUAACCAAUGGGUUGUCACGACAACACAGGAUCCAAAGUGGAGCUUUCAGGCUCACUGACUGGCACAGGGAUUCCAGUGGCAUAUUCAUUGAUAGAUACAGCAGUAUUAUUUUAAGUUCAUCAAUAUGAAAUAUGGGCAAUAUCGGUAGUGUGAGAGAGAGGCCUACACAGGCUGCAAGAAGUACAAAUCCAUUACUGUGAUUUGUACUUUGUGAUCACUGCUGGUCAAAGACUGUUGAGAUUCAAAUAUUGUACUGACAUAUACAGACCCCCGAAGUCAGAAGAGUUUCUGUGUGUGUGUGUGUGUGUGUGUGUGUGUGUGUGUGUACGUGCAUUUGUCCUUGAAGUCCACAGUGUCCCUCAGCAUAGGGGUAAUUACUUGAGAGAUGCAGUGAACCAGGGUGUCGGGCUUGCGUUCUUCAGCAAGACACCGUGGGUCACUAGGGCCUGUGUGUGUGUGUGUGUAUGUGUGCAUAAACCUGAUAACAGCUCAGAGAGCAUAUGGACCCUGGAAUGGGCGGAGCCAUCAUGUCACCACCCACACCCAGAGUUACCUCAAACUCAUAUUUUCCUACAGAGAACAAGAUUUUGAUUGGUGCACACAGAUCAGUGAUUGACAGAAUAUGGGCGCUCCACCCAUUCUGUGGUGUCUGAGGCCUCGCAUGCCCUAAUGUGAAGCCCCCAGUUGCAUCAUUGGAACUGUUAAAGGUCGUCAGCCUUAGUUAAAGUUCUGUGUUCAGAACCCGAGGCAUUGAUCUCGGGAUGCCGUUCGUUCCUCUCUCUCGAGGGACGGGUACCUUCUCCGAACAGGGCCCCUCUUUAUUCAUCUCCCUGUCCGUCCGUUUCCCCGCCACAAGCUAAAAGCUUUACCGUUACGGUGACAGCGGGAGCAUGUGAUGGAGGCUGAGGCUCCGAGCGGCACGUCUUAAAAGGGGCAGAAAAGCAUCACAAGAUGCCCCCGCUCUCCCCCCAGGGAGGCCCGAGUCACACGGUCCCAGCAGCACAGGAACGUGGCGGCGGUUGCAUGCCCAACAUAGCGCUGCUGCUGAGGGAGGCUGAUCGAUUAGCCGGAGUCGCUCCAGUGAACGGACUCUCUCCUGGUGUAGGGAGUCACUCCAGUGUACGGACUCUCUCCUGGUGUAGGGAGUCACUCCAGUGUACGGACUCUCUCCUGGUGUAGGGAGUCACUCCAGUGUACGGACUCUCUUCCUGGUGUAGGGAGUCACUCCAGUGUACGGACUCUCUUCCUGGCGUAGGGAGUCACUCCAGUGUACGGACUCUCUCCUGGUGUAGGGAGUCACUCCAAUGUACGGACUCUCUCUCACGGUAUUAACACGCAUUGCUGUGUAGUAUUAGCACAACGUUACGCCAGCUUCAGAGAACUUCUGCAGUUACAGUACUUUUGCUUUGUCCGGUUUCAUAUUCAGGUCGUCAUAUUUAGCCACCUUGAUAAUUACCUUUCAUUUCAUAUUUAAAAAAAUAUGACGCACAUGCAGGAACUUCUCAUUUUGAUAAAUUAGACAUAUAUUUUAAGGGAAAGCCCACCCCCACUUUGAAAUGGUCCACACUUUUACCCCGCCCCCUGACUACAAAGAUGACGCUACCCUCCAGUGCUGUUAGGCCUCUGGGAAUUGCAGAUAGAUAGUCCAUAAUCCUUUAGCACAUAGCUACAAGGGCACCCACAGCAGGGCCUGAAUCCACCCUGGGGUCACUCCUCCCAAAACCACACGCUUAUGAGAGGAAUACACGUUCCAAAUAUAUCAUCCAAAACAUACAAUAAAUUAUAUUUUGUUCAUGUUUAUCAAAAACUACAAAUUAUUACCUCCACAAUGUCAUUUUUGUGUAUGAAAUGAAAACCUACAAUAUACACAAAAAUGUGUGUACAAAAAUGGUAAUAAUUUGUCAUUUUCUGUGUUUUGAUAAGGCAAAUAUCUUUAAAAAUAUUUUUUUUCUUUUUUUCCAAAUCCAUAUUUUACCAUACAUUGACAAAAAGAGCUACUGUGAUAUUUUAACAGACGGCAGAAUGUUAUGCUAUAUUUAAUGAUUGAAAUUGUCGGGAGAUGGGACUGAAUCUGUCUGAGUGCCAGUCCUGCUGGCUUCACUUUCUCUGCAGGUCUCUGUGCGGGCUGCUGUUCUUCCUCUGAAGAGCACCAGACCCAUAGCUACUGAGAGUACUCAUUUACAAAAUGGCUGAACUUAGGAGGUCUCACAAAUGCAGCUUUAUCAUAAGAAGAAAACAAGCUUUUUAUUUCAAUCUUGUCACUGACAUUGAUACUUGAAAACAGAACCAUACUGGCAAAAAUUAUAUAUAUAAAAAAAAAACUGUGAAAAUGAACAAAUGUUCCAAAAAAGAGGGGGAAAAUGUUUUUGAUGAAUAAAGAAAACAUGCAAAUGCAA